CACCGUUCCUCACAUCCAAUAAAGCUGCUGCGCCCCCAAAACACACUGCUUCCUCCUUUCUCCCAAACCCUAGAAUCCCGUUUCCCUCUUCGCCACCACCGCAACCAUGCCGCCGAAGUUCGAUCCGUCUCAGGUGGUGGACGUCUUCGUCCGUGUAACCGGCGGUGAGGUCGGAGCGGCUUCCUCCCUCGCUCCCAAGAUCGGUCCGCUGGGCCUCUCACCAAAGAAGAUCGGUGAGGACAUCGCCAAGGAGACCGCGAAAGACUGGAAGGGAUUGCGCGUCACAGUCAAGCUCACUGUCCAGAACCGUCAGGCUAAGGUGACGGUGGUGCCCUCGGCUGCUGCUCUUGUCAUCAAGGCCCUGAAGGAGCCCGAGCGUGACAGGAAGAAGACGAAGAACAUCAAGCACAAUGGCAACAUCUCGCUUGAUGAUGUUAUCGAGAUUGCUAAGGUCAUGAGCCCUCGAUCUAUGGCCAAGGACUUGAGCGGAACAGUGAAGGAGAUCUUGGGGACUUGCGUCUCCGUGGGUUGUACUGUCGAUGGGAAGGACCCAAAGGAUCUCCAGCAGGAGAUUAGCGACGGUCACUUGGAAGAACCAUGGUAAAGGAAACCGGAUUGUACUGGCCGGUUCAACCAGUAAAACCGGGAAUCUGACCACUGGCGAAACGGCACCCGACCAGCCUCCUUUCUACCACGUCAUCAGGUUUAAUCGGCUUAACCGGCAUAAAUCGAGAUACCGUCCGGUUUAAAUCAGACCGGCGGUAAUGAAAUUUGUAUGUGAACGUCGUCGUUUCAGGCGACAAAAUUGAAAAAAAAAAAAAAACAAUUAAGAAACGAUUAACCGAGCUAACUGCCCUAAUUGAUUCUUCUCUUCGGC